AUGUUGACCUCACUCUCUCUGGCGGCACUGGCAUUUGUGCCUUCGGCGAAUGCUCUCGUUAGAAAAGAUGGCGUGGGUAGAUUACCGGCCCUAGGAUGGAAUAGCUGGAAUGCGUUCGGUUGUGACAUCAAUUCGACAAAGGUCAUGACCGCCGCCAAUGAGAUGGUCAAUCUUGGCCUGAAGGAUCUUGGAUAUGAAUACGUUAACAUCGAUGAUUGCUGGUCUGUCAAGAACACGCGGAAUUCGACGACGCAACGUAUCAUCCCUGACACUCAGAAGUUUCCUAAUGGAAUUUCUGGGGUUGCUGAUCAGGUUCACCAGUUGGGAUUGAAAAUUGGCAUUUAUAGCAGUGCCGGCGAGACAACUUGUGCGGGAUACCCUGCUAGUCUGGGCAACGAGGAGGUUGAUGCAGAAGCUUUUGCUGAGUGGGGAAUUGACUAUUUGAAGUAUGACAACUGCGGUGUCCCAAGUAACUGGACAGACCAGUAUUCAGCCUGUGUUCCCGAUGGCUCUAGCGAGUCGGGCAACGGUACUUGUCCAGAUCUCUCUAACCCUGCACCAGCUGGGUAUGACUGGACUCAAUCCAAGACCUUCACUCGGUAUACAAGAAUGCGCGAUGCUCUUUUGAAUCAAAGCCGAACCAUUCUAUUCUCAUUGUGUGACUGGGGCCAGGCCGAUGUCAAUACUUGGGGCAAUCAGACUGGUAACUCGUGGCGCAUGUCGGGUGAUAUCCAGGCGAAUUGGGCCCGCAUCGCUCAAAUCGCCAAUGAAAACACUUUCAGGAUGAACUAUGUUGGAUUCUGGGGCCAUCCUGAUCCUGACAUGCUCGAGAUUGGAAAUGGAGACCUUACAGCGGAGGAGAAUCGAGCUCACUUUGCGUUGUGGGCUAUUAUGAAGUCUCCCCUGAUUAUUGGUACUGCGCUCGACAGCAUCAAUGAUGCCAACCUGGCGGUUCUAAAGAACAAGUACCUGCUUGAAUUCAACCAGGACCCCAUCAUCGGCCGCUCAGCUCACCCAUACAAAUGGGGAUACAAUCCUGAUUGGACAUUUGACCCUGCCCACCCAGCCGAAUACUGGUCCGGUCCUUCUUCGACUUUGAAGGGUACAUUGGUACUAAUGCUGAAUUCGGAGAACUCUACUUCGACCCGUACUGCGGUGUGGAACGAGGUUCCGGAAUUGAAGGGUCAUAACGCGUACCGGGUCAUUGAUGCAUGGAGUGGCAAGGAUCAUGGAUGUGUUAAGAAGCAGUAUAGUGCUUCGUUGGCGAGUCAUGAUGUUGCUGUGCUUGUGGUGAAGGAGGCCUGCUGA